UCAGUGAGCCUUGAUCCACACCUGCAGGAGGUGCGCCGUUUAAAACUUUUACCUUCAUGUCGACAUACACAAAUUGACGAAUGAUGACGACCCCUGACGAGAUCAGACUCCAUACUCUGUAAACACUCAUCCGAUUGUCUCAGUAUCACCGUUGAACCAAAGUCUGCAGUCAGAAACCACUGAACUCGGGGGCGCAAACCUUCAAGAAACCUCACCCUCAACCCCGCCAUCAACCCCUCCCCCGCACUCACUCACAUCACCACACACACACACACACCAAAAUGUCAGACCCCUGCAAAAUCCUCGUCUUCGCCUCAGGCAACGGCUCCAACUUCCAAGCCCUCAUCGACGCCGUCUCCUCGGGCGCCAUCCCCAACUCCAAGAUCAUCCGCCUCAUCGUAAACAAGAGCAAAGCCUACGCCACCACCCGCGCUGACAACGCCGGCAUCCCCUGGGAAUACUUCAACCUCAUCUCCCACGGCUUCCGCCAAAAGGGCGAGACCGACCCGGCCAAGCUCCAGGAGUCAAGAGAAAAGUACGAUGCCGCCCUCGCGGAGAAGGUGCUCAAGGGGGAUUACAAGCCCGACCUGGUGAUUUUGGCCGGGUGGAUGUAUGUCUUUGGAAAGGCUUUCUUGGAUCCGCUUGAGGCGGAGGGGAUCAAGAUUAUCAACUUGCAUCCUGCGCUGCCAGGCAAGUAUGAUGGCACCAAUGCUAUUGGGCGGGCGUUUGAGGACUUUAAGGCCGGCAAAUUGGAGGACAACAAGACGGGUAUCAUGGUGCAUUAUGUCAUUGCUCAAGUUGACAGGGGGGCUCCUAUUCUGGUGAAGGAGAUUGAGUGCCGCGAGGGCGAGGAGUUGGAGCAGCUGGAGCAGAGGAUACAUUCUCACGAGCAUGAGCUGAUCGUUGAGGCGGCUGCCAAGGUGGCAGGUGAGAUCUUGGACAAGAAGAACAAGACACAAUAAAAGACGACAGGCUCGAGCCGUUGAUUCUGCCCAGGCAUCCCAUGCUUUUACCACGCCUCUUCAUGUCCCAGGAUCAAGACAUAAUUCCACGUGGUGGAAGUAUUAAUGCUGGUGUUGAGCAAAGAGACGUUUUUCAAUGGUGUCUCUUGGAGGUGGUGAGGUUGUUGGGUGUUUGGGGUUUGGGGGUGCAGGUUGUUUCGAGCAAAUUUCGAGGGGCGAUACUUGGGAAGAGAAUGCGCCCCGGCUGAGGAUUGGGGUUGUUUGCUUGCGACAUUGCCCUUCACCAGAGUUGACUCAAGUGUUAAACUGUUUAUUUAGCAGAAAGCUCUGUGAGGAAAAUUUGCCAUCACAAACUAGUAGCCUUUUGUGUGCCGAGAAACGCAUGAAAGCGAGGUGAUUCAAGCAGGGAAUCGCCCGGAGCCAACCUCACUUCACCGUCACGUCGAGCAUGGGUUUUGGAAAUCUCGGCCCUGGAUUCAGAUCAAUGGGCUUGAGCUAGGUGAUAAAUUUACGGCCAGAUUUGGGCAAAUAGGUUCUCUUGCAUAACUGUCUAUCUCUUCUCUUCCCCUUGAGCAAAACCAUUUCGAGUGCAAACUUGGCUUCCACCUCAACAUAAAGUACCUGUCAGAUUAACCCACUCAAAGAGAACAAGCCCGCCACCUAUUUCCAUCUAAAGCAUAACAUCAUCUGGUAUCUGGAAAAGCCUGAAAGCCAUCUUACGAUUCAUAAUCAUCCCGGUCCUACUCCUCCAACUCAUCUAUCUCAUCAUGCCCAUCGUCUUCCGAGAAAUCAUCCUCAUCGUCUUCCGAGUCACCAUCCAUAUCCACGUCCGAACCGCUGUAUCGAUGUUCCCAAGGGCAGACCAUGCUGUUGUUGACAGAUUUGAUCAUCGCCGCCAGACUCACUCGGUCUGUUGUUCCUCUCC